AUGACGGACCUAUCGAACGAGAUCUACCCCUACCACGGCCUCAUCAGAUACGACAAGUACAGUGGACAACGGGCUGAGCUGCGUUCACUGUUGGCUAAAGUAUCCAACAUGCCGCAUAUGACAUUCGUGUUCCGUGUAUCUGGCCUCAGCCGCACCUUCACGCAUCCUUAUUUCAACAACUUAUACAUGGAGAACUUAAAUCAACAAAAUUUGAGCUGGAUUAUCGACGAAGACGUGGUCCGGCCGCUAAUGACAAUUGACGGUCGCAAAUCGGUGGCCCUGUCCAUGAGUCUUAUGGCCAGGAGCUGUCCAGAGAACACCAUCAUCAAGGCCGACACCAUGAGCGAAUGCAGCGACAUGCCACUGGACUUGACACGAAUCUGCACGAUAUACCCAGCCUUUCUUCAAGCCAACCACUGGUCAGUAAUGACACGGCGCUACAAUGGCGCACAUGAUGAUGGACUCACAAGAGACGUUUUUUUCGAGACCAGCGAUACAUUUUCAACUAAGGCUUAUAUGAUGGCGAAACAAAUAAAGCGGAGCGGCGCCGACCCGUUCACAUUUAUCCUGGAGAGGUAUGACCUGGAGCCUCAAGAAGAAUCUACUAUGAGCAUCCAGAGGGAGACAGGAACGUCCUUUGCGUGGCCAAGACGUUUGGCUUCACGAACAAGACGAAAGCGAAGCUCAUGA